UGGCAGUUUCAUAGUCAUUGACGACGCCAUAUAAAUAUCGUUUAUUUGAAAUACUUUUUGUUGUUCAACUGAUAAAUUUUGUUUACUCGUUUUAUGAUGGACGAGAGCGAUUCGAAUGAAAGCAGCAAUGUAACGAAUGAUGACAGCAUUGGAUGCAACGAAUCCGACAAUAAGCUCACACAAUACAUGCUGAUUAAUAAGGAGCUCAGUAAAACACUGGUCGUACUACGAGCCGAAAAUGCCAGACUGCGAAACAAUAACAAAGAGCUGAAUUUGGAGAAUCUAACCUAUCGCAACGAGUUGACCGGCAAUCGUGCCGAAAUAGCGGAAUGGCGAAAAAAGUUCACAAAAUUGCAGGCCAUGCAUAUUAAGCAUGUGGAAGUGUUAACGACAGAACUGCAAUCCUAUGCCAAUAAAUUAACCGGCGUGUUCGGCAGCGAUGAUGAGAAUGUCGACGCUGAAACGACAGGCAGAGUAACCGAACAGCAUUCAACAAUAGUGAACUCUCCCUCAAAUGACGACGAUCGUGAGAAUGUUCCACCACGGGUGAGCAGAUCGGAACCAUCCAGCAAACAGCCCAAUAUACUAGAUGAGAACCCGUCCAACCUAAACACGAUAAACGAAGAAAGUGAAGACGACAUUGAGACCAGCUAUUCGGAACAAAUUUCAUUGGUCACAUCAACGCAUGAGUCAAACGUAUCCGAGGUAACAACAACAAAUGAAACGACUUGCGGAUCAGAUGCAUCAAAAACAAUUGUUGCUCGAAAUUCAAUGUCUGACUCUUCCGAAAUGGCAAGCAUGAAUUCCGACAAGGAAAACGAACGGCCAUCCAGUUUUCUCGGUACAAAGCUGAAUAUCACCCACGUGAAUAGCCCACUGACUACUGGAAGCGAUUCAACAACCAUCCGUACACGUGCCACUGAAUCAAGCCAAAGGUCUUCGACUCCGUUAAAAGAAAAAUUCAUCACACAGCGCCGUACACACAAGCGGACGGCUGAAGAAAAUUCUUUCGACGACCCGAAAACUCCAGAGCUAGUUUCCAGCACCCCAUACAAACGUAAAAGGAGUGCCACACAAACUGAAGUAGACAAGAGGAACAGCACACCAGUAAAGUCGAACGAUUCGGUUCGAAUGACUAGAAGAUCAACAAUGUCAAUUUCAAGCAGUGGUAGGCCAAAGAGAAGUGCAUGUCCGGUCAGUUUCGUUGAGCCAAAAUUGAAUACAAAAAUGAGACGACCUCGUACGUAAGGAAAGAAAUAUUGCACAGAAAUGAAUCGAUAAAAUAAAAGUUUUUUUUUUUGCCACACCGUGGCAUGUA